AUGGUGCUUGUCUGCAUCUUAAAGCGCCUAGAUAUGUUUGAAAAUUUGUCUGUGAGAGACUUGGUUAGUCAUGCACAUGUAGUACAGGCAUUCCCUAACAAUAUUAAAUUUUCAGUUCCACUUGCAACUCCUAUAGCACCCAACAGUCUUGCAGAUAUUUUACAGCAACAGACCUCCUUUAGCCAUCAGUAUGAUGCCAGGGAAUCUGCUAAUGAACCCAUCUGAGGAAAGCGACAUGGAGCUUUUGUGUGUGCAGAGAUAAAACCAGCAAGGUCGAUAGUUCCUAAGGGAACAGAAAUAUUCCUGAGUGCUGGAGGGUCAUGUUCAGUAGAACGGCCAAAAACAGAGAAAGGAAACUCAGUGAAAAGCCGAGUGACCUCACCCAGUCUCUUCCUGCAGAAUUCCUAGGAGACACUAGGCUCUGAAAAUCACUUAUCAAAACCAGACGUCAGAGAAAUAGCCAAGGCAUACCCCAGAAUUCCUGUGAGAGGACACAAAAGUUCAGGCAUUUCUCAGACAACUGAAGUGGAUGUCUAUCCUGUUGGGGAGGAGCCCUCUAUAUCCUACAGUGAAAUGCCCUUCAAUUGAUGAGUUACCCCCUGUAGAUGAAAACAUGCAGAUGCUGAUACCACCAUCAGCAACUGAAACAAGAAGAGCCUGGAGUCACUGUGCAGGCCAGCGCAUUUGCUUAUUCUAAUAUCAACAACACCAAACACAAGCUGACACCACUGAACUGCUGGAGGGAACACAAUACUUCUUUGACAUAGUAACAGCUGCACCAUGCUUUGAUGUUUCUAGAAAACUUUAUGUUCAUCAAAACUUUCUUUUUGAGUCGUGGAAUUUUGCUCCUUCUUUGGAGCAUCAGCAUCCUGAUUCCUUCUAAACAUUUGACAAGAUUAAUUUUAGGUUAGUUAACGCUUUCAGAGCUGCUGGUUAAAAGUAGAAGUCACUGUGAUUCCUGAAAUGAUACUUCAUUUUUCAAACCAGUUAUACUUUUCCUUUUAUUUUUUGGCUUGUUCCUAGGUGUUUUACAUAUAUGAUUUUGGAGUACUCUGCCUCUUUGGAUGCUACAGCAUGGAAUGUCAUUUCGCAUGCCGUGUCGUGUCAGCUUGUGAUAAAUGGAACCCAUUGUUUUUUCUAUAGGAAACAAUGACAGCCAAAAGGGACAAUUUGCUGCCGUCCACAGGAAUGCAAAAAUAGUAUGCCACUGCUCUCUGUAGCUAAUGAAGAGAAAGCAUUGGAGCAAGCCCUUUGGAGGGGGAAGAUUUUGUGUAAGAUUAGUCUUUUAAAUAAUACAUUUUUUUCAUAUUAGAGCACAUUAAAUGAGAAAACGGCUAAUUUACUGUAGGUUCUUCCUCCACCCUAGAAGAAAACAACUGUUCAAGGGACUGAAAGAGAAGUUUUAUUAAGAAUAUUUCUCCACUAUUUUUUCCUGCACUUUUAAUUGGUAUUCCCAACAGAUUUUUCCCUGCAUUCUUUUGUCAGGGAGACUCAAAAUCGUAACUCAAAAAUUUAGCUUGCAGCCUUUCAUAAAACAAGCAAGAGUAAGUUACUACCUGCACUGCUCAGACUGGCUCCUCUUACAAGCUGGAGUUCAUGUAUGCACUUUGCUGCAGAGAGAGGAAUGAAAAAUCAACUAUCAGCUUUCUACGUUAAGACAGACAUUAUUGUGCUAACAGUAUGUAAUCCUACUAUGCUUGCAUCUUUUACAGGUUUUCCUCUUAAAGACUAAUAGGAAAAUGGAAAAAUAAUCUUUGAAAAUGUUGGUGAAAACUGUUUGAGAUAAUGUUUGCUUAGUACUUUAGAUCCCCUGUGUUGUAGCCAAAACUAAAACAAACCUAUACAACAUGCUGCGAUAAUUUUUCGUCAGUAAACAGAAAAAUGUACAAAACUUCUCUAACUUAGCCAUCAGUUGUACAAACUCAGCUUCCAUUGGUAUCAAUGAAAACUGCACUUGUUUACGAGCUGCGUCUCUUCAGUGUCCACCAUCAUGGCCAUAUUAAUAACAAACUGACAU